GCUGGGCAGACGCUCAGACUCAGAUUCAGAGCAUCGCGGCAUCCUUCGAUCAAGAGGCGGCAGCCAUCUUGAUGGCGAGGUUGGCGGUGUACCGGGCGGAGACAGAGGAGGGGCCUGAUGUUCUGCGCUGGUUGGACAGACAGCUGAUCAGACUGUGUCAGAAGUUUGGAGAUUAUCACAAAGACGAUCCAAACUCCUUCAGGUUCUCUGAGACCUUCUCUCUCUACCCUCAGUUCAUGUUCCACCUGCGGCGCUCUCCGUUCUUGCAGGUGUUCAACAACAGUCCAGAUGAGAGUUCAUAUUACAGACAUCAGUUCAACAGACAGGACCUGACUCAGGCUCUCAUUAUGAUCCAGCCUGUGCUCUACGCUUAUUCAUUCAACGGACCACCUGAGCCGGUCCUGUUGGACAGCAGCAGCAUUCUGCCAGACCGAAUCCUGCUGAUGGACACUUUCUUCCAGAUCCUCAUCUACCACGGAGAGACUGUGGCUCAGUGGAGGAAGGCCGGCUACCAGGAAAUGCCCGAGUAUGAGAACUUCAGACAUCUGCUUCAGGCUCCGGUGGACGACGCUCAGGAGCUGCUGCACACUCGCUUCCCCAUGCCCAGAUACAUCGACACGGAGCACGGAGGCAGCCAGGCUCGCUUCCUGCUCUCCAAAGUGAACCCCUCUCAGACCCACAACAACAUGUACGCCUGGGGUCAGGAGUCCGGAGCUCCCAUCCUGACGGACGACGUCAGCCUGCAGGUGUUCAUGGAUCACCUGAAGAAGCUCGCCGUCUCCAGCGCCGCCUGACCUCGGCUGUCCCCUCGGCUGUCCCCUCGGCUGUCCCCUCGGCCGUCCUUUCUCAGUUUAUUCUUUUAUUUUGCAUUUGCUGCCUGAGUUACCAUGACAACCAAUAGAGAUGCAUGUUAAAGCACAUUUCUGUUUUUACACCUGCAGCCUUUAAAGGUGUUCAAAUCAAACUAUCUGAGCAGUUUUAGUCACAAAGCUUCGUUUUAAAGGAGCAGAGCAGCAGUUCCACAUUUCAGACCAUCAUUAACAUUCUUUCCUGUAAUAUUUCAAACUGAUCCACUGGAAAAAUAAAGUUCUAGAAGAAUCAAAAGUUGGAGAAAAAUACCGGGUUCCUGUAGUUGCUUCACAAUAAAAGCCUCCAUGUGAUUUUAACCUGCAGAUACAGCGGAGCAUUCUGAUUGGUCCAAAUCAACUUUUCAUUCAUUUCUUUAAGGACUUCAGAUCUGUUGGAAUCUGUCACAUCAUCACGUCUGUUGUUAUUAUAAUUAUUAUUGUUAUGAAGCAAUAAACUGAAGACGGUCAGUGCUGGGAUGAUGAUUUUAAACCUUAAGGAAACCAAAAGCUGCCUGGAAAAGUAUGAAAAAUAUAUUAAUAAUCUGACACAGUGCAGGAGAGAAAGUACACGUCUGCUGCUUUAACAGGUUAUAAUCCAACAUGUGAGCAAAUGAAAGUUCAAUAUGUAUACAUAAGGAAACUCUUGUUUCAGUGUGUUUUCCUCCGUCAGCUGUUCAUCAUACUGAGCUCAGCCAACGUAUUGAUCAUCACAAAACCUCGAGCAGAGCAGCUUUGUGUCGGUUUUUUUGUGAUGAUCAACACGUUUCAGUGUAAUCAGAUUACAUUGGAUUGUCCUGUUUGUCCUCCAGAAGUUCUGAUGUUCAGUUUCAGUGUGAGGAGACGUUUGUCCACUUCCUUUAUCUGCAGUGUCUGACGGUGGACGACUGUCGGCCGGUUUGACGCCUUUGAACACUAAAAGUCCUGCAGAGAGAAAAGUCGAUGUUUUCAUUGAGUCUUUAUUCUCGUGUUUCUAAUAAAAACUCUGCUGUUGAGAAGUU